AUGGCAGCAUCCAGCAUUAACAAAAAGGACCACUGGUCUUCAGAGGCCUACAGCUCAGCAGCUGGUUUCGUCCCGAAGCUUACUACUACCGUAGUCUCCUAUUUGGACCCACAAGCCAAUGACACCAUUCUGGACAUUGGCUGUGGAGAUGGUGAACUCACUGCUCAAAUCGCCAAAUCUGCAGGCCGUGUCCUCGGCGUCGACGCCUCAAAGUCGUUUAUCAGCUCUGCGAAAGAAAAGCACGGAGCGCUCUCUAAUUGCUCGUUUAUACUCAACGACUCAACUCAGCUACAAAGCUGUCCAGAAGCUUUGACGGGGAAGUGGGACAAGGCAUUUAGUAAUGCGGCUAUGCAUUGGAUUUUGAGAGAGCCGUCUACUCGGGCCGCUUUCUUCGAGAAUGUCCACAAAGCGUUGAAGCCUGGAGGGAAGUUUGUCUUUGAGAUGGGCGGCAAAGGGAACGUGGCGGAGAUCCAUACGGCUGCUACGGCGGCUCUCUUGCAUGCGGGUGUGCCACUGGAGCGUGCUCGUGAGGCUAGUCCUUGGUUCUUUCCCAGUACGACGUGGAUGAGUGCUGCUUUGGAGGCAGCGGGAUUUGAGGUGGAGAAGUGUGAGACGGAGUAUCGUCCUAGCUUGCUUACCGCGGAAAAGAAGGAUGGGAGUGGUGGAAUCACGGGCUGGGCGAGGCUCAUGUGUGCUCAGUUCCUGGAGGCGGCGCCUGAGGAGAAGCAGGAACAGGUAUUGAAGGAGAUUUGCGAUGUUAUCGAGACUGUCAUAACAAGAGAAGAGGAUGGCAGCAGAUAUUUGGGUUACGUCAGGCUGAGGGCGGUUGCGAAGAAGUCGUAG